AUGCAGUUAUACCAUCAGCUUACAAGCAGGUGGUAUCACAUUGGGAAUUCUCAACUCGAACGACGCCGAAGGAUACAGAAGCGCUAUCGUCAGAGACGGGCGGACUUCGUGCAACGCCAAUUUCGUGCAGAGGGGGUGAGGGAGCUGUUUGGGAGACAGCCAAGCGAAAGUAUGUAGGGACAGCAGAAAGAUACUGUACUAUCGUAAAAUUAUCAUUUUUGCUCUC